AUCUUCUCUUACGUAACACGCGCCAAGUUUGAAAUAUUUCCUCUUCCAUUUAACUUUCACUAAUUUCACUAAUCUCGUGGUUCUCAUUGGCUAGUUGCCAAUUUUAGAAUAACAUUUUAUAGCUAUUUUUAAUCUUUUUAAUUUAACUUCUUGUCUCGGAAGAGUUUUUAUUUAGAUAUUCCGCUUCAAAAUUUGAAGUUCAUAUCAUGUCUUCAGAAUCUGAAACUGCUGCUGAAGCUUCUGGAGCCGAAAAAAUGGAAAUGUGUGAAGAAGAUAGAAAGAAGGUUGAUGAAUUGCUGACAGAAGGAAAGAGGAACCUCUUUUGUAAAGAAUUUCCAACAGCUGUCAAUCAACUCCAAGAAGCCUGCUCCUUACUAUCAAAAUGUCACGGUGAACUUGCAUCAGAGUGUGCCCCUGCCUAUUUCCUGUACGGCAAAGCUCUGCUAGAGUUGUCGAGGAUAGAGAACGACGUCCUUUUCGAUGCACUGCGUGGAUUUGGAAGAAAAGAUGGCGAUGGUGAUGUGGUUGGUGAUGGUAGUGGUAGUAAAAAUGAUGGUGAAGAUGGUUGCGAGGGACCGUCCGUUCUUGAUUCGUUUGUUGAAGAAGAUAACGUGACUGAAGAAGAAAAAGCGAAGAUUAGCGAUCAGAUCAUUGACGCAAUGGUUGACGAGAAGGAUGAUGGCUCUGGCGAAAAGACUGAAGACGGUGAUGGUGAGGAAGAAGAGGAGGAGGAAGCAAAAAACGAAGAAGAUGGUAAGGCAGCUUUGGAUGACCAAAAUGAUGGUGAUAAAGACGGCGAUGAUAAUGAUAAAGACGGUGAUGGUGGUGACGCCACUGCAGAAGAGGAUGACAUAGAUGAGGAAGAUGGCAAAAAAAAAGAAGUGAGUGUUGAAACCUACAAGCAGGCCAUUGAAGAUUUUGAAACAGCUUACAAACUCCUCUCAGACAACCUCGUGUCCCAAGAUGACAGACGAUUGGCCGUGAUAAAAUAUCAUUUGGGCCUUACCUACAUAUCUACCGGUGAUUUUAAACUAUCGAUAAAAAAUUUCGAAGAGGCCCUGGGCAUCUGCCAAGUGUUGAUGAAGAAUCUUGCCAACAAACUGAAAGACCUUAAUUAUGAUACAUCCAUCAUUGAGAGUGAGGGUGGUGAAGGGGUAACUGUCGAUGAAAAGCAAACUGAGGAUCCAAACGUUAAAGAUUUGCUCGAGGAGUUCAAACAGAUUAGAAGUUUGAUUCCUGAUCUGAAAGUUAAGAUUGAAGAAACCAUCGAAGAGGAAAAAAAUGUGACUGGAUUGAAAGAUGCUCUCUACAAAUCCGUAAGCAAAGAUGCAGCAGCAGCUGUUGCUACAACUGCUGCUGAUACAGCUGCUGUUGAAACCGAGACUAUAGGAUUUCCUGAGGCUAAUAAUAGAGCCGGUGAUGUGGCUGUCGCUGACGACAUCACACAUUUGAUCAGGAAGAAGCGCAAGCAGCAGGAUCUUGAAAACUCGGGAGAGGUCCAAGGAGAAGAAGCUGACAAGAGCAAAAAAUUAAAAGUGGAAACAAACGACAGCACGCCCAACCCUGAUGACGUCAUUGCAGGAAAUGAUGACAAAGAGAACGAUACGAAGAUAAUGAAUAAGAUGGAAGAAGAGAUGGAUUUGGAGAAAGAUCCAAAAUAUGUGGAAAGCAGCGAGGAUUCGGCAGCUGUUGCUACAUUGCUUGCUGCUGACAGCAAUGAAAUUGCUGGAUAAAUGACUGAUAGAGUGAAUGAGUGUGAAUGAUUGAUUGAUUGAUGGGUGGGAGUAUUUGUUGAAUGAAUGAACGAAUGAAUUAUUGGUUGACUGGUUUUAUAUGCAUAAUUGAUUAACUAAAAUGACCUACUUAAUUGGGAAUACGAUCAGCUUUCUUAAUUAUCAUAAUUGAAUGAUCAGAUGAUUGGCUGAUGUUUGCAAGACCUUAUAUGCACGUAUAAACUAAUGUAUAUAUAUAUAUAACUGGACAGUUUCCUUGUUCCUCGAAUGAGAAACAAGGAAUUUUUUAACUGUUGGUUUAGUGAAUACUCAAUAAUAAAGCCCGUGAAAAACAGUUUGAUAUGGCGCGGCCUACCGAUGCGAUAGUUUUUUUAGAUUUAUUUGUUGUUUUUUCAAAAAACAAUCUCUAAUUAUAAUUAAUUAAUUCUAAUUAA